AUGGAAAGUAUUAAAUCUAAAGAUGUCAUUGGGAAGGAAUUGAGACCCUGGGAAUUUGAAGGCUUCUUUGACCCCAGAGAACUCCGUAAAGAGACCUGCCUCCUCUAUGAAAUCCAGUGGGGCACAAGCCAUAAGACCUGGCGAAACUCAGGCAGAAACACCACCAACCAUGUGGAAAUCAAUUUUAUAGAAAAGUUUACUGCAGAAAGACAGUAUUGCCCAUCCAUUCGCUGCUCCAUCCCCUGGUUCCUGUCCUGGAGUCCCUGUUGGGAAUGCUCCAAUGCUAUUAGGGGAUUUUUGAGUCAACACCCUAGUGUGACUCUGGUUAUUGAUGUGGCCCGGCUUUUCUGGCACACGGAUCCACAAAACCGGCAAGGACUCAGGGAUCUCAUUAAUAGUGGUGUGACUAUCCAGAUUAUGACAGUCCCAGAGUAUGAUCACUGCUGGAGGAAUUUUGUCAACUACCCACCUGGGAAAGAAGAUCACUGGCCAAGAUACCCUGUUCUAUGGAUGAAGCUAUAUGCACUGGAACUUCACUGCAUAAUUCUAAAUCUCCCUCCCUGUUUAAAGAUUUCAAGAAGAAAUCAGCAUCAGCUUACAUUGUUUAGACUUACUCUUCAAGACUGCCAUUACCAAACAAUUCCACCCCCUAUCCUUUUAGAUAUGGGGUUGAUACAACCUCUUGUGACUUGGAGAUGAAUAGAGUGGUUCCUUGCAUGUCACUGUUUCUGUAGCAGGCACUGAAAACCCAUGGAAGAGUGAAUGCUUUUGGAAUGUAGAAAUUUUCAGUUUGUGAUUCUAUACAUCAAAAAUGAAUCAUCCAAAAAAGAAAUUAAAAAAAAAAUCCUAGUCACAAUACCAUCAAAAAUAAUGAAAUACCUCGGAAUAAAUUUAACAAAGGAAGUGAAAGGUUUGUACACUGCAAAACCCAGGACAUUGAUGGAAGACAUUGCAGAACAUGCAAAUACAUGAAAAGAUAACCCAUGUUUAUGGGUCAGUAGAAUUAAUAUUAUUAAAAUUUCCAUACUACCCAAAGUGAUCUGUAGAAUCAAUGCAAUCUGUAUCAAGAUUCUAAUGGUAUUUUUUUUUACAGAAAUAGAAAAACAAUUCUAAAUUUCAUAUGAAACUAAAAAAGAGGGAUGCCUUGGUAGCUCAGCAUUUGGGCAUCUGCCUUUGGUCAGGGCCUGAUCCUGGGAUCAGGGAUCAAGUCCCCCAUCGGGCUCCCUGUGUGAAGACUGUUUCUCCCUUUGCCUGUGUCUCUGCCUCUCUCUGUGUGUGUCUCUAUGAAUAAAAUAAAUAAAUAAUCUUAAAAAAUAAAAAUGAAAAGCUUCUGCAUAGCCAAAGAAACAACCAGUAAAAUGAAAAGGCAACCUAUGGGAUGGGAGAAAAUAUUUGCAAACUACAUAUCUGAUGAGGGGCAAGUAUUCAAAAUAUAUAAUGAACUCAUACAACUCAAGAGCAAAAGAACUAAACAAUCUGAUUUUAAAAUGGGCAAAGACCUGAAUAGAUAUUUUUCCAAAGAAGAUAUUCAAAUGGCCAACACCUAUGUGAAAAGUUGUACAACAUUACUAAUAAUCAGGGAAAUGCAAAACUACAGUGAAAUAUCACUUCACACCUGUUAGAAUUUCUAUCAUCAAAAACAUAAAUGAUGGGCAGCCUGGGGGCCCAACCAGUAAAACUUCUGCCUUUGGCCAGGUCAUGAUCCCAGGGUCAUGGGAUCAAGCCCUGCAUCAGGCUCCCAGCUCAGUGGAAAGUCUGCUUCUCCCUCUCCCUCUUCUUCCUUGCUCAUGCUCUUUCUCUCUCCUCUCUCAAUAAAUAAAUAAUAUGUUAAAAAAUAAUAAGUGAUAACAAAUGUUAGUGAGAUUGUGGAGAAAAAGAGAACAGUUGUACACUG